CAGCGGCCCGGGCCCGGGCCCCCACUGCGCAGGGCCGACCUCCGGGCGGGGAGGAGGGACCAGACAUAAAAAUGCUCCUGAUCUCAGCGAAAAUCAAACAGACCUGUGGAAGGCGAUAACGGACGGCUCGAACCAGCUCAUAAUAAUAGGUUACGCGUUGUGAUUUACUCCUAGGUUAUUAUUCUAGGGGAUUCACUACAGAUUCACUACAGAUCUAGCUUGCUGACUGCAGGCGACAGGGUCUUUUCCGAGUCGCUGUUGCCCCGGAAUCUUGUGGAGGAGAAAGGCGAACGUUUCUUCACGGCCCGCUUCUUCAAUUAUCGCUGUUAUAUUAUCUUUUUUUUUUAAGGUGUAAAGUCAAACAAUACGGCGGUGGGGAAAUGAUUUGCACGUUAAGCAGAUUCUUUGCAACCCUGGUUGUGCUGCUUGCCUGUAGCAGCAAAGAGGCGGCAGAAGCGUGCAGCUGUUCCCCCGUCCAUCCCCAACAGGCAUUUUGCAAUGCAGACAUCGUCAUCAGGGCGAAGGUGAUCGAGGGUAAAGAGGUGGACUCUGGAAAUGAUAUCUAUGGUCACCCCAUAAAGAGGAUCCAGUAUGACAUCAAACAGAUCAAGAUGUUCAAAGGGCCAGACAGGGACAUUGAGGAGGUCUACACUUCUCCUUCCUCAGCCGUGUGCGGAGUAACCCUGGACAAAAAGGAGUACUUGAUUGCAGGUAAGGGCGAGUCCGACGGGAAAAUGGUCGUGACCCUGUGUGACUUCAUCGUUGCCUGGGAGACCAUGAGCUCCACCCAGAAGAAGAGCCUGAGCCAGCGAUACCAGAUGGGCUGUGAGUGCAAGAUCUCUCAGUGCCGGUCCGUGCCGUGCUCUGUGGGCGGGGUGCAGGAGUGUUUGUGGACGGACUGGGUGCUGGAGAGGCAGGUGAGCGGCCGCCAGGCUCAGCACUAUGCCUGCAUCAAGAGGAACGACGGCUCCUGUGCCUGGUACCGCGGCUUCUCCUCGCCCAAGAAGGAGUUCCUGGACAUCGAGGACCCCUAAGGACCCCGCUGCGGGUGCAUUGCCCCACUGCCCGAACAAAAAAAAAAAAAACCUAAAAUAAAAUAAAAAUAAAUACAUAUUUUUUUAAGGAAUGGAGAAAUAAAUAAAUACAUGAAAGGGUAACCAAAAAAUGCUAUCAAUAACAGAUGGAGUUAAGAGAGUUAGUUAUUAUUAGUGCAGUGAAACGGUAAAAAGAGCAACAGACACCACUUUAGACAGAUUAUGUCACUUCCCCAAGUAGGCUGGUGACAGGAAGUUGUAUUUUGGACAAUCUUGCCCCAAAAAGCACUUAACCCCCUCACCUCCAACACUAACUGGUGCAGAUCAAAUUCACAAAGCAAAACGGAGUCUUUUGCGUCACACAAUCUUGUACGUCUCAUGACAAAACCCAAGGUGUUAAGUGUGCCCCAUCACACACACACACACACGCCCCAUCGCUGCACUGGCCUUUCAUUAAACCAGAGGGAAGAUCGCCCCCUACUGGCCCACCAACAACACUUCCAGCAGCAACUUAGGUUUCCCAGGAGGUCUCCCAUCCAAGUACUGACCAAGCCCACACCUGUUUAGCUUCAGCAGGAGCAGGGUGCAUGAUGGCCUACCGUCUGCUACCCUUUCUCACGUCUCACGAUACCAAUCUGCCCCGUGUCAGUUGAUAAGUCCAGUCUGCUCCGUGUCAGUAGAUAAGUCCAGUCUGCUCCGUGUCAGUAGAUAAGUCCAGUCUGCUCUGUGUCAGUAGAUAAGUCCAGUCUGCUCCUUGUCAGUAGAUAAGUCCAGCCUGCCCUUACAGUUGAUUAGACUAAGCAGGGGACAAUCCACCCCUGGAGCAAUGUGGGGUUAAGGGCCUUGCUCAAGGGCCCAACAGCUGCGUGGAUCUUAUUGUGGCUACACAAUAAGUGUGUGUGUGUGUGUGUGUAAAUAUAUAUAUACUCACACACUCACUCACACACACACACACACGUAUGUGUGUUAAUACCUUAUUUGCCUUAGGACUCGGUGUAAUGUGGAUGAUACAGAUACAGUAUAUAUGUAAGGUAAAAUAACUCCUAAUUGCACAAGCGUGAUUUCUGGCAAAAUGGCGAUCAUUGCUGUGCUUUUAUGGAGGGUUUUUCCAGGUUUUGUCUUAGGAAACCUGGGCCACAUUCAGCCCUGACGAAACGUCGCAAAACGUUUAUCUAAAAAGCAACGGUGGAGCGCUGAACAUCCUGCUGCGGACUGACUGACACAGUGCGGUUUGCUCCUGUGCCGUCUGAGGAGGCGUUCUCCGGUCUUAUGUCAUUACUGAUUCAGGCUACACUCCCGACAACCCCAGCCUUGGGAGCAAACACACCUCGAAGCCUGGUGUGAAACGCUGUACACCAUUCGUAGCAAACCGUUUUCAGAUUGAACAUGACCCAGGUCUAAAGGAGAGGGCUCGCCUAUGCUGGAGUGGAGAAAUGAUGUCACAAUGUGUGCCCUGGAGGCUUUGAUCUGAUUGGGCGCCCCUUUGACGAUGGUCUCCGCCUCCCGGUGGCAUGGUACCUGCUGAUUGGUGGGGCUUAGGUAAAGUGGCGAUUGGCUGGGCUGGCCAGGUUUGGGGUGGUUGCUAGGGGACUGGCUGCUUGACGUCAUGUGACGUAUAUAUAUGAUAAAAUACAAAGAAUCUAAAGAAUAUAUAUCUAUUUUUGUAUAUGUCAAAAUGUAAUGCAUAUGUUUGAAAGUGCUGGUUAUUGCCACAUUCACUGUUGUUGAACUAUGUUCUCCAACUUGUUGUCCCAGAAGUGCAUAAAGUUGGCAAGUAGCAUUAUAUUUCGUAAUAUAUGCUUGUAUAUUUUGACAUAUAUUCAGUAUAUAUUUUUAGAAACCAAGUAAUCUUAAAGAAAUCUUACAGUACCUGCUCUCAAGACAUUUACGGUGUAUGAACCAUGUUUUCUUGCUUUUUGUAUUCAUUCCAUUGCUAGUAUUAAAUAUAUUGAGAAAUGCUGACAUAAUUUAAAACUUGGUUGAUCUGUGUUUUUACUUGUCAUUUUAUAUUAUUAUAAUAAUGAUUAUUUUAAUGUAAUUUUUCUUAGUCUUUUUUAUCUUUCUCUUACUUUUUUUGCAGAAAGUAUAGUGUGAGCCUUGGUGUGCUGGAACCACACAGGGGUCAUGACCAGUAGAUUAUGCAUGUGUUUAAUUCAUAUGUGGACAUUCAGUCAAUGGAUGAAAAUAUACAGUAUUAUCAAAUAAAAAACUUAGAAUUCAUAA